AUGGGUGUGGACAUUGAGGGCAUGAAUGAAAUUUCGCAGGAGGAUGAGAAUGUUUGCUUGUUUGGACGGGAGGGGUGGGAUCUAUGUGGGGGACAUGGAAAAGCAAGUGGGAGGAGGAAGCCGAAGGCCCCAUCAGGGUGUCUGCGGGAGCCCUGGUGUGUGCGCAGACGAUCUGAUCUGACCCUGACCGAGGUUCCCACCCCCGGUGGAUUCCAGAAGAGCGAGGAGGUUCUUAGCUCGCCAGCAUCAUCCAUCACCCUUAGCCAACACGAGUCUCACCUGUUUACCCAGCUGCCCAUGGCCAAGAUGGAGAACACGUUUGAGGAUGAUGUUGACUCAACCGGAGCCCUGGACAUGAAGGUUUUCAUUGAGGCCGUGAAGAAGGUUCUGAGCAGUGUGCCAGAUGAGAUGCUCCAGAUGCUGUUUCUGAAGGCGGACACAGACUGUAAUGGCACUUUCACCUGGCGGAGGGGGCGGGGGGAGAAGGACCCGCGAGGAUUCUCAGCCCUGCCGGUUGGGGCGGAAGAAACACUGCCCCGGCCUCAGAAGUACAUGGAUUGUAUGAUGUGUGAGUUCCAGAGGAAGGAGCUGAUGAGGACAAGCCAGUACCCCCUGCACUACCUCCCCAUGAAGACCAUCCCCCUGAACCAUGGAUGUGAGAUUGUGAAGGUGCAGAUUUUAAUCCAGUGGUUCAAGAAGAUUGGGCACCUCCUGAUGGUCACCAAGGAUGGGAUCUUGCAGCUCUGGUCUGAGGCCUUCUCACUGAUUAGCUCCUUUAGGGUGAGGGGGGCCCACACGUGGAGCACACAUGGGGUGGUCGGAGAGCCUUUGACUUUGUACCCCGACAGUGGAGAUCACUGCACCAAGGUUUCUGCACAGAAGCUCCUAAAUGAAAAGUCCCCUUUGUAUAGAAGUUACCAGCUGAAGGCUCUCCAUUCCAACUGGUGCCAGCAGGUCAAGUUCACUCCCCAGCUAAACAUGGUGGCCUCCUGUUCAGCCAUUGAGAAGUCCUCUCUGGUGCUGACAUUAUUGCCGUCCAGAGAUCUGGAGAGCCCCCAGGCCGGCAGCACGCGGUGCAAGCACUCCAUGUACACACCCACUGCGCAGAUCCCCACCGCGCAAGAGAUGACGUUCUUAGGCUCCAACGAGGAAACCGAGGCACCCCCCCACCCCGCAGCCUCCACUCAACGGCUGAGGAUGAAGACCAACACUGAAAGCCCUAAGCUGUUCCAAAUACCUUAUGGCGGACAGUCAGGCCUCAAAGAUGCUCAGAGGAGAGGAGGGGAGUUCCAGAGGAAGGUGCUGCUUCAGGCCAGUGAGGAGCUGGAGAAGGUCGUGGCUGGCCAGACCAUUUCCUUGGUUCCUCCCGAGCUUCUCAGUACCUAGAAGGGCCAUGUGGACGGUGUGGCAGACGUCCUGUAUGUGGAUAGCUUCCAGCUCGCUAUCAGUGCUGGCCAGGACUGUAAUGCCAAGGCUUGGAAAGUCUCCGGUGACACCGUUGGGCUGUUUGGCCUGAGUGUCGGGAAAAGGUUGCAGGAUAUUUGGAUGGUUAGUGAUUCUGAGCUGAGAAAAGACUCAAAGGAGGAGGAUGACUCUAGAGUUGCUGCCCAGAAGGCCUUCCAUUCAGAGCCGCAGGAGGAGCGGGCUCUUGCGGAGGCCCUGGAGUACCAGCGGCGGGAGCAGGCGGCACUCAUGGCUCUCGUGAACGGGAAGGCGGCCACAGAGGCUGCGGCUCGGGCUAACCUGCAGAAGAUAACCCAGACGUCCCUGUGGGCUGGAGAGCGCUCCCGGGAAGACUUUGAGAGCCGCUGGUGCAAGUGGGAGUCCAAGGGCAAGCAGGUGAGCAAAAUUGUGGGAGCGCCAUACAAGCCCAAGGACCAGUCACGGAGUCCCGGCCUCCUGUCCGCCAACAUGCAGUACGGCUGGAUGAAGUACCCGAUCUCACCUCAGAUCUACCAAAGCCUGCACUUCAACAACCUGCUGCCCACCCACACGCCUGACCUCGUGUUGCACAGUGUCCUGGAGCAGCAUGGCCAGCGCACCUGCCCGGUGACCCACAACUGCCGGAAGGACCCAGAUGCUGACAGGGAGACUGUGCCCAAUGCCAUGACCAGCUCGCGCACGGCCUCCCCCUCUCCCAGUGACUCCGUCUCCUGGACAGCUUCAGGCUCCGGCUUCCUGGAGUCUGCCUUGCCUACCUCCCUGCACCUCCAGUCCCCCCUCUUGGUCUUGUGCCAGGCACCCAGGUCCAUCGCACAGAGGUUGGGGACCCCCAUGCCCGUUUCCUUGUCCAUCAGGCAGCUCUCAAGACCCCUGAAGACCACCCUUCUGUCAUCUGUGAAGAGCUCCUGCAUCAGGUUCUGGGGUGGCCCACAAUCUCUCCAGGCCUCCAGCAUGGUCACCAGGCCCACGGGGGUCCCGUCUGUCCCUGGCUCACCCCUGCCAGACCCAGAGGAUAUAGACCUCCUUCUAUUGACCUCCUUCUUCACUAGAGGCCUGGAGAAGAAAAUAAAUAUUGGCAGAUAUCAGAGUCCUACGGGCCUGUGGCCCUUUACCCCCUUAGGCUCCCUGGUGCUGUGGCCAGUGGGUCACGCCGCUGGGGUGAGCUGUUUGCUCCCAAGAGCUGGUUCAGCCUUAUGGCUGGAGUGA